UGAAAUCAAUUUUGAAAAUUUCUUGUUAAUAAUAGUUAUUAUCAUGUUAAUAUAAAGUAAAAAUAAUUUAAUUUGGUUUUGUAUUUUGGUAUGUUUGACAAAAGUUAUGUUGGUUGUAAGAAUAAAAAAUGUUUACACCUCAAUAUAAUUGAAAUUAAUACUUUCACAGAUGCACCCAUUAAAAAAUCAUACGCCUGCUGUAUGGUGAUCAUAUUUUUACAGUAUUAUAUUUUACUUAAUUAAAAAUUAAGUCAAAGUAAGUGACUUGAUACAGCAAGUUCUUUUUUGUAUCAUAUGGCCUAAUUUAAAGGCCUAAUUUACUCAAAAUAAGUAACAUCCUGUAAGUAAACCAUAUUCUUGUAACAAGAGGUUUUUAGUAAAAAUUCCUACUAAACACUGUGAAAUUCAAACUGGUGAGAAUACUUUUUCUUGUAGUAUAUGUAAUAAGAUAUUUUCAAUGAAUGAUUAUGAAACAACACAGUUGAGUUCAUACUGGGGAAAAACCUUAUUCUUGUACUAUAUGUAAUAAGAGUUUUUCAGAGAAAAGAAAUAUGACUGAGCAUAGUUGUGCUAAUACUGGUGAAAAACUUUAUUUUUGUAGUAUAUGUAAUAAGUGUUUUUCAUUAAAAAGUAAUUUGACCAUUCACAGUCGUGUUCAUACUGGGGAGAAACCUUAUUCUUGUAGUAUAUGUAAUAAGAGUUUUUCACAAAAUUUUCUUCUCACUAUACACUAUCGUGUUCAUACAGGUGAGAAGCCUUAUUCUUGUAGUAUAUGUAAUAAGAGUUUUUCACAAAAAGGUAAUCUGACACGAAACAAUCUUAUUCAUAUUAGUGAGAAGCCUUAUUCUUGUAGUAUAUGUAAUAAGAGUUUUUCACAAGAAAGUAGUUUGAAGAAACGCAGCCUUGUUCAUACUGGUGAGAAACUUUAUUCUUGUAGUUUAUGUAAUAAGAGUUUUUCACUAAAAAGUAAUCUGAAAGAACACAAUCCUGUUCAAACUGGCGAUAAGCCUUUUUCUUGUAGUAUAUGUAAUAAAAGUUUUUCACUAAAAGAUAGUCUGAACAGACACAGCCGUGUUCAUACUGGUGAGAAGCCUUAUUCUUGCAGCUUAUGUAAUAAAAGUUUUUCAUCAAAAAGUUGUCUAGAAAAACACUAUCGUGUUCAUACUGGUGAGAAGCCUUAUUCUUGUGGUAUAUGUAAUAAGAGUUUUUCACUGAAAGUUAGUCUGAAUCGACACAGUCGUGUUCAUACUGGUGAGAAGCCUUAUUCUUGCAGUUUAUGUAAUAAAAGUUUUUCAUUGAAAAGUUAUCUGAGAAAACACUGUCAUCUUCAUACUGGUGAGAAGCCUUAUUCUUGUAGCAUGUGUGAUAAAAGUUUUUCAUUGAAAAGUUAUCUGAGAAAACACUGUCGUCUUCAUACUGGUGAGAAGCCUUAUUCUUGUAGUAUAUGUAAUAGGAGUUUUUCACUGAAAGUUAGUCUGAAGAGACACAGCCGUGUUCAUACUGGUGAGAAGCCUUAUUCUUGCAGUAUAUGUUAUAAGAGUUUUUCACGAAAACUGACUCUGAAGCAACACAGUCGUGUUCAUACUGGUGAGAAGCCUUAUUCUUGUAGUCUAUGUAAUAGGAGUUUUUCACUGAAAAUUAGUCUGAAGAGACACAGCCGUGUUCAUACUGGUGAGAAGCCUUAUUCUUGCAUUUUAUGUCAUAAGAGUUUUCACAAAUACUGACUCUGAAUCAACACAAGCGUAUUCAUACUGGAGAGAAACCUUAUUCUUAGUUGGUUUAUGAAACAUAUUUAUCACGUUUGAAUGUUUUUAUCCCUAUAUUCGACCAAAUAUUAAGUUUUUUUAAUUAAGUUUUCUUCUAAUUCCAAGAACUAUUUAACGAAAAAAUAAUAUGUAAUAACGAGGUAAUAUGCAAAUGAUUUUAAUUUGUCAUUUUGAAAUAGCUGCACAGUUCAUUAAAAAAAGAAAAAAAUUUGUCAUGAGGUCUUUAUAUAUAAGUGUGUAAUAUUAAUUUGUAGUUCUUUUCUUUUAGUGGUUCAGCACAUUUUCAAUAUCUUGUUAUAAAUAUGUCUAUUUUUUUAUAAAUGGUUAAAAUAAAAUGCACUUUAUUUAAUUUUUUACUUAUACUGUGUAUUAUAACAUAGUGGAUGAAGAAAUUAAGUUUAAAAUAUUUGUCAAAGAUAUUUUUUAAAAAUUACUAUUUUUAGUGCAAUUUCCAUAUCUUGUACAAAAUAUAUUUCUAUUUCUUGUUUAUAGACAAUUAAAAUAAAAUGCACUUACUUUAAAAUUGCAUUUGCAAGUUUUUUAAUUAAAUUUUAUAAAUUUGUAAAGGAAACUCUUUAAAAUUUAUUUCAUUUUAUUUAAGAAUUUUUUUAAGCUAUUAUAAUUAUGUUUAUGUGAAUUGAAUUAUUGUCACAUUUUAUGUAAAGUAAAAAUGUUCCUAAUGUUGAAUAAUCUAUUUUUUGUUGUGUGUGUGUAAUAAAAUAUUUUUACAAAAUAGAUAGCCUUCUGAUUGCUCAUACUCAUGUUUAUUAAGGUGUGAUUUACUAUUGUACAUUAUACAACGUAUGAAAAGUUGAUUUCCUAACAUUGAAUAAUCUAACUUUUGCAUGGUGCGAAAUGAUAUUGUACUUUUUGUCAAAUGAAAUUACUCAGCACUUUAAAAAGUUGAAUUUAUCAGGGAUGAGAUUUUUCCGCUUUUAAACGGAUUUCCGCCUUUUUCGCUUUUGUCUCUCGAAUUUCAGCCUUUUUAUCAAAAACUCCGAUUCUCUAAAAAAAAAAUUUUUUUUAAUUAAUA